AUGGCAAAGCUCCUAUACAUUGUUGCUGCUUGUGUUUCAGGGGCAAACUCAAUUAGGAGAUAUUUUAUAGACAACGAGUGCCCCGGCGACUCGCUAUGGCUUGGUUCGGUCCCGGCGAUUGGGUUGCUUGACUUCGAGCUCCCGACGGGCACCCUCACCAUCAUCAACGCGGACGACCAUUGGCGGGGCCGCUUCUACUUCCGGAUGCAUUGCGCCGCCCACGACCGCAGCGGGGGGUUUGCCAACUUCACGUGCCUCACCGGCGACUGCCGCUCCAACGUCAUGUCCUGCGAGGGCCGCGACCCCGUCCCGCCCGCCACCGCCGUCGUCUUCGAGUACCAAACCAACACCGGCAACAUCGACCCCAAUAACUACUCCUACUACGUCGACCUCGUCCACGGCUUCAACGUGCCUGCAGUCGUCGCGCCGUUGUCCGGCGGACAGGGUCAGUGCCAGCUUGCCGGCUGCCCUGCGGAUAUUAACAAGAGUUGCCCGACAGAACUCCAGCUGCAGGUGAAGGACGCGAGCGGGGCGACGAUCGGGUGUAACAGCACGUGCGACGCCACGCAGGACCCGGCGGCCUGCUGCGAGGGCCAGUUCGCAGGCCGAGACGCCUGCCGGCCCUCGGCUCAGGCGAACUUGUUCAAGGGGGCGUGCCCGCUGGCCCACACUUGGAAGUACGAUGAUGAUCGGGCCAUAUACUCCUGCGCCGGAGCUGAUUUUAACAUAACACUAUGUCCCUCUAGCUAG